UCUUCCGGUCUCGUUUAAGCUAACCCUGCUGUCGUUGAUGCGCGCGGACGAGCCGCUGCCAAAUCUGACAAAAUAUAAUUUGCCAAACGAAACGUUUGCAGCCGAAACCCACCGCCAUGACUCCGUAACCGGGCGGAGGAGGACACGGGUUCGUGCUCGGUGGGUGACCGGAGUCAGUGAAGGUUCCGCCGCAGAGCAGAGACGCUGCGCCCCGACACACCGACACACCAACGGCCGGAGGAGCCACAAUGAGCUCGGAGCACCAGAGCGACAGCGAGGACGCCGACGAGUCCCAGGACAGGCCCGACGGCGGCAGCGACAAAGACGACGACCCUGACAUCGACGAUUCGGACGUGGAGGAUGACAUCGCCCCGAGGGUGUCUCCCUCACCGCCGGGGAGCAGCGGGAGCAGGCCGGAGCGCAGCGCGAGGUCCGCGGACCCAGAGCCCUGCAGCGAGCCGCCCGCCGCGCCGCAGACUGGGAGCGGCGAGAGCUCCGUCCCCCGCCGGGGGAACAGCCUGUUUUCAUGGCUGCAGAGCAGGACUAUAAGACGCGGGGUGUUUGUGGACCCGGCCCGGGAGAACUUCAGGACAAUGACCAGUCUGUACUGCUCCAUGAACCCGGCGGCGGAGUCCGUGAACCUGAGCACCCAGACCCACGGAGCCGUGUUCAACCUGGAGUACUCCCCGGACGGGUCUGUGCUGACUGUGGCCUGCGAGCAGACUGAGGUCCUGCUGUUUGAUCCCAUCUCAUCCAGACACAUCAAAACCCUGACGGAGGCCCACGAGGACUGCGUCAACAACAUAAGGUUUUUGGACAAUCGUUUGUUUGCCACCUGCUCUGACGACACCACCAUUGCAUUAUGGGAUCUCCGCAAGCUGAACUCAAAGGUUUGCUCGCUGCACGGCCACGCCAGCUGGGUGAAGAACAUCGAGUACGACACUAACACUCGGCUCCUCGUCACGUCUGGCUUCGACGGAAACGUCAUCACGUGGGACACUAACAGGUUUACAGAGGACGGCUGCCCGCACAAAAAGUUCUUCCACACUCGUUACCUGAUGAGGAUGCGUCUGACACCCGACUGUUCCAAGAUGCUCAUCUCCACUUCCUCAGGGUAUCUGCUCAUCCUCCACGACCUGGACCUCACACAGUCCCUCGAGGUGGGCAGCUACCGCAUGCUGCGAGCGCGACGGACGCCCCUCAGCUCAGAUGGAGGCACCUCAGCGUCCAGGUCUGCAGGAACUCCUCGUCAGGGAAAUGACUCCAGCAAGAUUCAUCCUCCCCGAGAAGGUCUUUCUCCCAGAAACAGUCUGGAGGUUUUGACUCCGGAGAUCCCCGGAGAGAGAGACCGAGGGAACUGCAUCACCUCCCUGCAGCUCCAUCCAAAAGGCUGGGCCACGCUCAUCCGCUGCUCCAGCAACAUGGACGACCAGGAGUGGACGUGUGUGUACGAGUUCCAGGAGGGAGCGCCCACCCGCCCGCUGGUCUCUCCCCGCUGCUCCCUCCGCCUCACCCACUACAUCGAGGAGGCCAAUGUGGGCAGGGGCUACAUCAAAGAGUUGUGCUUCAGCCCGGACGGACGGCUCAUCUGCUCCCCAUACGGCUACGGCGUCCGCCUGCUGGCCUUCGACGAGAGCUGCGGCGAGCUGGCCGACUGCCUGCCCGUCCAGACCAGCUGCCUCAGGGAGAUCCGCUCCAUCUACUCGCACAGCGACGUGGUGCUCACCACCAAGUUCUCUCCAACGCACUGCCAGCUGGCCUCGGGCUGCCUCAGUGGACGCGUCGCCCUUUACCAGCCCAAGUUUUAGCAAAGAACGACGCACUGCAGACCGGGGUAAAGACGUGCUGAUCCCGCACAGAUCUAGAAAUGAGAAGCAGAAUACUGUUUGUAUGACUAAAUUUUACCAUGAUUUUAAUCUCCUAACAUCUAAUAUAUGCAGAUUUCUGUUGUGCAAAAAAUACAUUUACAUAGUAAUAUGGUCUACCUGGUAUCCUUUAGUGUAAAUAAUAUCAAAACUAUCAAAGGAAAAUGUGUUUUUCAAAAAAAUUUGAAUUAUUAUGAACCUUGAAUAACAUUAUCAAGCUUUUGUUUUUAAGUGCACUAAUGGUCCAGAUGGGUGGAAUUUUGUUGUUUCACACAAAAUUAGAAUCAAUGUGUGGCGCUCUGGCUUCUGACAUUUUUGCAAAUCCGUAAACUGGCGUAUCUCCACCUGGAGGGUUAUAUCCUCACUCUGGCCUCUGACUCUUUUGUGGGUCCGUGACUGCAGCACAGGUGAAGGUCUUUAUGAGUUUUUCCCCUCUGCAGCAGUUUGUGAGUCAUGGGAUGGAGAAUUGAUUUAUUUGGAUCCCCAUUAGCCACUACCAAGAUAGCAGUUACUCUUCCUGGGGUCCACACAAGUCAACAUUACAUCAUAAAAUAAAACAAAUUUCUGACUUCAAA